AUGGGAGUGGAGUCGUCCGCCAUGAGGAGGAGGAGGGGAGGGGGUGACGACACCGGCUUGAGGGCGGGUGCGGUCAAAGAGGACGACACCACUUGGAGGGGUGGUGCGGUCACGUUACGCGUGGCGGCGCCGGGUUACUUGCAGCUGCGUUUGUGUCGCCCGUGGUUGCGCCUCGUGGCCCGCGACUGUGCGUCGGUCCGUGGAUGCGCCUCGUCGCCCGCGGGUGCGCGUCCGUCAGCGGAUGCGCCUCGUCGCCCGCGGGUGCGCGUCCGUCCGCGGAUGCGCCUCGUCGCCCGCGGGUGCGCGUCCGUCCGCGGAUGCGCCUCGUCGCCCGCGGGUGCGCGUUCGUCCGCGGAUGCGCCUCGUCGCCCGCGGGUGCGCGUCCGUCCGCGGAUGCGCCUCGUCGCCCGCGGGUGCGCGUCCGUCCGCGGAUGCGCCUCGUCGCCCGCGGGUGAGCGUCCGUCCGCGGAUGCGCCUCGUCGCCCGCGGGUGAGCGUCCGUCCGCGGAUGCGCCGCGUCGCCCGCGGGCUUCUCCCUUGUGAGGCGAUGCUGGUCGCGCCUCAAGAACAGAACCAGCGUCUCCCCUUCCCUCCUGACCUCGACCCAGCUCUCUCCACACUCAUUCUCGACUGCUGGCACAAGCAAGCUUCUCUCUUCCUUUACCUCCACCCAUUCCCUGCUUCCCAGUGA